GCUCAUGGGACCAUUGUAGGAAUCAAAGGAAAGAAGAUGGAAGACCUGACACCUUCUCUCCAAAUCCUUCUCCCUCUCAUUCCUUAGUUUCAAGUGAUGGCAACAUCUAUAUCCACUGAGACAUAUACUACUUGUCUUGUAAGCAAAAACUCACAUCUAAACUUAGCCCCACCACCCCCACCAUCCCCACCCUUUCCAUCAAUUUCUCUUUAUCUACUUUCAUUUCUUCUCCACAUCCCCCAUUGUUUUGCAAGAAUCUCUGCAAAAUGGGAUCACUCCACAUUCCAGAAUCCUCAUGCAGUUAUCUACUCCAAGAACUCAAGUUAAUUUGGGAUGAAGUCGGGAGUGAUCAGUUGGAGAGGGAAAGAAUACUGCUUGAACUGGAGCAAGAAUGCCUGGAAGUGUAUAAAAGAAAGGUCGACAGUGCUAAUAUUCGAAGAUCAAGGUUGCACCAAGCAUUGGCUGACUCAGAAGCCGAGUUUACUAAUCUACUUAUUUCUCUUGGUGAACGAUCAUUUGCAGGACGGCCAGAGAAGUUGACAGGGACUCUGAAAGAGCAGCUUGACACAAUCACUCCUGCACUGCAAGAGAUGCAAUUGAGGAAAGAUGUGAGGGUGAACCAAUUCAAGGAGGUUCAGGAUCAAAUUCAAAAGAUAUCUUCAGAAAUAGAAGGCCACUCAGACCAUGACAUUGUGAUUGUCAAUGAAGCUGAUCUAUCAUUAAAAAAACUUGAAGAGUAUCAGAAUGAACUCCAAAGACUCCAUAGAGAGAAGAAUGACAGGCUAAAGAAGGUCGAAGAGUACACAAGAACCGUGCAUGAUUUAGCUGCAACAAUGGGAAUGGAUUCUGCAAAGAUCAUAACAGAGGUUCAUCCAAGCUUGGAAAGUUCUAACAGUCAGCAUUCAAAGAAUAUCAGUGAUUCGAUUCUGGAUAGCCUUAACCAUACAGUAGCAUUACUGAAAGAUGAGAAGAUGAGGCGGCUUGAAAAGCUGCACAGGCUUGGUAAAGCAUUGUCAAACUUGUGGAAUCUCAUGGACACACCAAUAGAAGAGCAGCAAAUGUUCACUCACAUCACAAAGUUCUCAUCAUCAGAAGCAGCAGGUGAAAUACCAGGCCUUGGAAGUCUAACUCUUGAUACAAUUCAUGAGGUGGAGGCUGAGGUAGAGAGGUUAGACCAGCUCAAAGCUAGCAAAAUGAAGGAGCUAUUUCUGAAGAAGAAGGUAGAACUUGAAGAGAUAUGCAAGAAAAGCCACAUGGAAAUGCCUUCAUCUGCAGAGAUGGAUCACAUCAUGAAACUUAUCAUUUCAGGGGAGAUGGAUCAUGCUGACCUUCUAACAAGCAUGGAUGAAAGGAUAUAUAGAGCAAGAGAAGAAGCUUGCAGCCGGAAGGACAUAAUGGAGAAGGUUGAGAGAUGGCUAGGAGCAUGCAAUGAAGAAAGAUGGUUGGAAGAAUAUAACAUGGAUGAAAACCGAUAUUCAGUAAGACGAGGUGGUCAUAGAGAUUUGAAACGUGCUGAAAGAGCUAGAAUUAUUGUCAACAAAAUUCCUGCUUUGGUUGAGUUACUGAUAGCAAAGGCCAGGAGUUGGGAGGAGGAGAGGAAGAAAACUUUCUUGUAUGAUGAGGUACCUCUUUUGGCAAUGCUGAAAGAAUACAAUUUAUCGAGGCAGGAAAAGGAAGAAGAGAAGCAGAGGCAAAGGGAAAAGAAAAGAGUGCAAAGCCAAAUACCAGCUGAAGCAGACAUGGAUAUGAUGGUAAUGGGCUCAAGGCCAAGCACAAGCAGCAAGCGCAUCCCGAAUAGAAGCUUGAACAGCACCUUCAUCACAGCCGUUGUUGCCUCCACUCCAAACACCAGACCCUGUAGUGGGUAUGGAGGGAUUAAAAAGAUUGGUAGUUCAAACAAUCCCUCGACUCACGGAACAAGCCCCAACACUAUUUUCAGAGAAAGCAAGAAGAUGCAAAUCCGCAGAAUGUUAGCACACUACAAUCAUGGCUGCUCCCCCAUCACAGCUGAUGUUGUAUCAGAGAUCUCCGCAACUUUCUCAGGUCCAACAUCUCCUUAAAGUUUCAUACUCACGGAAAAAUGGGCACUGAUUGUUUAUAUAUUCAUGCUAUCUGUUACCUUUGCCUAUUAUCCAGUUUCACUUAUAGUUCUUUUUUGACAAGCUUUACUGAGGGUGUUUUAUGAUUAAGGAUUGGGUAUUUGGUAAAUUACACUGAUGAGUGACAGGUAAAGGUAACAGAUAACAGCCUAGAAUAGUGAUGCUUUCUGAUUUUGCAGUUGUAUGACAAGAACAAAUUAUGGUUCAGUGCUUUAUACCCUUGUCAAUACAGUAUUUGUAUAUUUGUUUGUUUUGCACUUGUGGUAUCCUAGUGAAUAUUGUAGAAAGAGGAACUUUGUGAUUUUAAAGAUGUAUCGUGAUUGAAAGAAGCAUAUAGCUUGAAA